CGGCGCUGUGGGUUCCCGACGCUCCAGGAGAUCGUCGAGCCCCGCGCGAUGGCGUCGCGGUACGACCGGGCCAUCACCGUGUUCUCCCCGGACGGGCACCUGUUCCAGGUGGAGUACGCCCAGGAGGCGGUGAAGAAGGGCUCCACGGCGGUUGGAAUUCGUGGCACCAAUAUCGUUGUACUUGGGGUAGAAAAGAAGUCAGUCGCCAAGCUUCAGGACGAGCGGACUGUGAGGAAGAUCUGUGCCCUGGAUGACCACGUCUGCAUGGCUUUUGCAGGGCUGACUGCGGACGCUCGAGUGGUGAUAACCAGGGCCCGCGUGGAGUGCCAGAGCCAUAAGCUUACCGUUGAGGACCCAGUCACUGUCGAGUAUAUAACUCGCUUCAUAGCAUCCUUAAAACAGAAAUACACUCAGAGCAAUGGACGAAGACCUUUUGGCAUUUCUGCCCUAAUUGUAGGCUUCGACGAUGAUGGUAUCCCAAGACUGUACCAGACCGAUCCCUCUGGUACUUACCACGCUUGGAAGGCAAAUGCAAUAGGCCGAAGUGCUAAAACUGUCCGAGAAUUUCUAGAAAAGAAUUACACAGAAGACGCCAUAGCUAAUGACAGUGAAGCUAUCAAACUAGCAAUAAGAGCUUUGCUAGAAGUUGUCCAGUCCGGUGGGAAAAACAUUGACCUUGCUAUCAUGAGAAGAAACCAGCCUUUGAAAAUGUUUAGUGCCAAGGAAAUUGAAUUACAAGUCAUUGCAAUAGAAAAGGAAAAGGAAGAAGCAGAGAAGAAAAAACCAAAGAAGACUUUGUGAACCCUGAGAGCUUUUAAUGUUGUGUUGUGCUUAGAAUUAGUGAGUUUUAAAGGAAAUACGCUGGUUUAUGGCAUUGCAUUAGUAGUUACGUGCUGUUUUGAGACUGCAGAUUUGUGACUCUCCUUAGUCUAUUACAGGGACAGACAUACAAGAAUAUGUAGAUUUUCUUUGAAAAUAUUUUAAUGAUUGUUGAAAGCAGUCAUAAUUCCACAUAAGCUUGAGACUAUACUCUAUAACUUGUCCAGUGUGUUAUAUUUCUUCAUAUAUGAAAAUUAAGACAAAUUUUAAUUUAAAAAAUGAAUAAUUUGGUGACAUUUGAGUAUUGACCGUCAGGUAGAGAGAUACCUAUUUAGAAAUAGACUGAA